CGGAGCUUACGAGAUACAGAGCCGAGUACCGCGAACGAACAGUUACCUUUCUGUUUCGAGACCGCGAGGAUCUAAUCGACGCUCACCUGAGCUCAGGAAACAACGCAAAGUUUCGGAUUUCUCGUUACCGAAACUAACAAAACGAGAAUGGGGCGGAAAAAUCAAACGACGUUGUUCCUUCUGUGCAUCAUUGUGCCUCUCAGUUUAGCCAUAUCAUCAUCCUGGAGGCCUAUUGUUCCAGCGCAAUUAAGCUCAAGCAUCGUUCAUCAAGAGGCAGUUUACGGUGAUGCUGCACUGCCCUCUUACAAUAUCAACGAAUCGCCUCUAGUUCAUCAACAAAUUCACUCGCAACAAGAUGAAGAUCAAUGCGGCCUUUACAAAGUCGGAAUGACCCAGCAAUUGUACUUUGAGUACAUUCACUACAAGGUCGUCAUGCCUGAUCUCAAGGAAUUUACACUGUGCAUGUGGACCAAGUUUACGAAUCACACCAAUGAUCAUCCAUUAUUUUCAUACGCAGUCGGUGAUCAGCCACGAGGAAUUUUAUCGUGGAUCGCAAACACGGCGAGAAGUUCUUACUACAUGAUGAACAUAGAUGGUCAUAAUCUCUACAGACUGAACUAUCCGUUGAGAUUGAACAAGUGGUAUCACUCCUGUCAGAGCUGGAACGGUCGUACGGGUGAAUGGCAAAUCUGGGUCAACGACGAGCGCGUGGGUCGCGGUUUCAACAACAGGCUCGUUGGUCACGUGAUCAAGGGCGGAGGUAUUGCUAUUUCGGGUCAGGAGCAGAGACAACUCGGUGGCGGGUUCCUUGAGGGUCCAGAAGCGCCUCCAGGUUCGGGUGGCUUACUCGGUGAAUUAACGAUGGUUCAAUUGUACAACGUCGCACUGACUGCCGGAAAGGCUCAUAAGGAUCAUAAGCAUCAUCAUGCUCAUCACUACGAGCACGAUACUUCGAACAAUCGACCUAGAACAACGACCCAGGCACCAGUGACUGGACCUCCAUUACCAAUGAACCCAUUCCUCACCGGAGGACAAAUAAAUCAUCGGGUAAAAAUUAAUUCUGGAGCCGACCUUCAGGUAGUGCAGAACGGUGUAACUCUUCGCCACCCCAAUUUACCUGCACCCGGUCCAUCAAUCAUCAGUUUUCCACCAAUUAAUCCUGAUGCUUUCAAGCCUGCGCCACCUCCUGCGCAACCUCAACCUUCGGCACUUCCUUCGUUUGCGAGCGCUUAUAGACCUUCACAGUUUUUUGACAACGGUGUACCUGAAUUGGCCGAGGCCCCAACUGGCUUGCCUGGCAAUGCCAACUCUUAUAGUUUCACAGAUGGACAAUAUCACAAUCUUUUUAAAAGAGAGAAAAAUCACAAAAGACAAAGUUCCCCGAACGACGAGACAAUAUCCUCUGAUGUUGAGAACUUCGAGUCUAAGAAGCAAGUUGUCAAGAGAGAAACAUCAUUAUCUGAUAUUAGGGUUUCCUUCAUUCCGCGAGAGAAUACGAGCGGAUCAGACGAUAAGGUGAUAGUGAAGCGAGAAUCUGAGAAGAAAAAACGAGGCCUCGUACAAUUGGACGAUGGUUCAUUGGUCGACGACUCUUUUCUCGUGCCACAGACAUUAAAUAACGAUUAUUUCGCUGGUCUUGCGAGUUUUGGUGAGCAAGUAGCGAAACAAACACCAAAGGAGAACGAGCGAGAACCAGCGGAGGGUGAAGUUAAAUUGGUAAUGGAUAUAUGCGAUGGAUGUGCGAUCGAGCCAUUUGCAAAAGCUCUCGUAUUCGGUUGGCGUACCGUACCGAAAAAACUCUAUUCUGGUGCUCUUUAUGUGCCCGCGGUACCAGCGUGCAAAGCAUUUUAAACGCAGUCACUAACAAUUAAAAAAUGCCAGUCACGAGGCGUUAAAUAUUUACGAAAUUAUCAUGAUCACGAUCGGACCGGUAUUCGGGAAAAUUACAGCGUUUUCCACAUUCAAGACGGAACUGCAAUGAAGAAUUGCGAAAAAAUCAUACGCAAAAAUCUGAAGGAACGUGAAACGUUUUCGUAACCCUACACAUGGGAAAAACUUGUAAACUUUGAUGUAGCAAUUUGUUUAUAUAUUUUUAUUCUCAAAUAGUUUUUCUUCGAGCUUCAAAUCGUUGAAUAAUUGGCAAGUAUAAAAGCACGAACGCGUUUCAGGUAUUUUUUAUAUUGACGCAAUUUUUAUAUCACACAAUUUUUGUAAUUUCAUUGACUUUCAAAUUGGAUACAGCAAAUAUUUUUAUCCAAUGUGAUGCGGUUUUGGUAAUUAGAGCAGCCUUGAAGUUUGGUUCGUGGUAUUUCAAUGUGGUUGAACAGGAGGGCGGAGGGGAGAGCUUCCUUGCAUAAAUCAUUUAUAAGGGUGCUUGAUAGUUCGAUUCUCGAUAUGUCAUUCGAGGAAGAUCUUUCGAGUACCCACGUAGCUCACUUUGUUUUAACUCGUCUUAACGAGAUUUCAUCUCAAAUAUUAAAUUUUUCAAUCCGUCAGGUAUCAAGAAAUAAUUUUUUCAUACGCGUUCACUGGAUCUCGGCAAAAAAACGUUUCCAGUACUCUGGAGCUUUGGUUAAAUAUUCACAACGAUGUCCGGAAUAUACUAUUCUUUGCAUUUGAAAUUAAAGGACAUUUCUGUUCAGUUUCAAUGUCGGGUUCUUAUAUAAGAUCGACUUUUGCCAUUUUUCCGGAAGUUGUGCUCAACAGGGGCAUUUCAUCAUUAUUCAAUAUAUACUUGUUUUUAUUUCUUUUCCUAAUUUUUUUGUAUUACGAUUUUUCCAUUCUGACUUCACUUUAUCGUUUGGAUACACGUGUAUUUAUUUCUGUAAUUUUUUAUUCUUGCUAUUCUGUGGCUUUUCCAUCUCACAACUCAUAGCGAUACGUUUUUUUAUUCAUACUGAAAAAUGAAAAAAAAAAAAAAAAAACAUGCGACGUAUGGCGUAACAUUGUACGAAGAAAAUACUCUGAAAAAGAUAUAAUGAAAAAUAAUAAUCAACGAUAAACCGACAGAACGAUAACGGAAUAAUGCGUAUUCUACGGCCCUGUUCAAAGAGCUCGUUCCAAAUGUCGAGAUUUUAUUUUUUUAAUGAGCUUAAUUUGAUAGAUUGAUAGCACAAGAUGUGCAAACAAAAGAACCAAGUGUACAGAAUUUUCAAUUGGAUUUAGAGAACGAUAACGUUAAAAGAAUAGGUUCAUCCUGUUAUCGCCGUAAGAUAUUUUUAUACGUAAGAUAGCCAAUUUUUUGUUUUUUUUUCUCCUUUUUUUUUAUUUACAAUUAGACUCCUGAUCAGAUUCACGAUGUACAGAGACGAAGUGAUUUUUUUUUGUAAUACUCUUCAUUUGUAUUUGUAAUGAAAAAAUCUAGCAGUAUGAAAAUAAAAAGAACAACAUGUGGUGACACUUUGUAGCUUAAUCGUGUGUUUCUGCCUGAUCAACGAUUAAUAUCUCAGAUUAUUUUAAACUUCAACUGUACAUUGAAACUCUGCGAAAUAAAACGAAAAUUGUUUUCAAAUAA